AGCCGGGCCGCGUGCUGCGUCGCAUCUCGCCGGUAUACUAAUAUAAAAGUGGAAGGCUCCGAACCUCGGCAUCAGUUGUGUGUGAUCGUGCAGUCGGGCCAAACCUAAUCCAAACGGAAAAUGAUCGCUAGAGUAACAGUAAUCCUUUGUGCGUUGGCGCUGGCCUCCGCGGGAAUAGUCCAGCUUGGACACGGUUACGCCGGGGAAGCUUAUGGACACGAAGCAGUUGCGUACGCGCCCGUCGCACACUACGGAGGACACGAAGAAACGCAUGUAGACUACCAUGCCCACCCUAAAUACGACUACUCUUACUCCGUAUCCGACCCACACACUGGUGACCACAAGACCCAGCACGAGGUCCGUGAUGGUGAUGUAGUGAAGGGAGAAUACUCCCUGCUGCAGCCCGACGGUUCCUUCAGGAAGGUCACUUACACCGCUGAUGACCACAACGGUUUCAACGCGGUCGUCCACAACACUGCGCCCGCGCACCACGAGUACCACUAGUGCCGGCUCACACUGCCACUGUUUCUCAUGUGAUAUUAAACACUUAAUACUUAAUGUAGAUAGUCUUUAGUCGACACGACUCCUUAUUUUAUAAGACUGCGGCGAAAAUUAAACUUUUAGAAAAAAUCUA